AUGGCAACUCUUGGAGUGUGGCAACUGAAGAAGAUUAGACUUAGGUACAGUGAAACUGGGUAUAGUAGCACUGGGAUUAGAUACUACAUGAGACAUCUGUUACGAGACUUUACUCUACAAAACCCACAAAUUGAAAUUACUAGAGUUCAUGAGCAAUUUGAAAAUCCCCAAGCUACUUUCGUUUACUUGAAUGGUUCAGUAUACGAUGUAAGCUUGAAAGAUCUCAAACCAUCCCAAAUUGACCAAAUACUUCAGCUGCAUAGAAAUUCAGUUGGAGGAAUGGAGUAUUUAAAGCACGGAGGGCCAAAGGUUUGGACUAUUCAGCGUUCAAUACAGGGAUUGUGGCAGCCGUGUGUCAGUAAUCAACUACAAAACUCUGCAUGGUUUAGGAGUAAAAAUGACAAAAGGAAACACCUGCCAAAGUACUCAAAAAGAUCCCUGGAUUUGGCUUGUGAGGUAAUAAAGGGGCAUGGUCGUUGGGGGGAUGAAAACUUGUUUCCAAAGGGAUGGGAUCAACAAUAUCUAAAAAACAUAUUUUCUCACCCCUUUGUCAACGAUUCAUUGGCCGCUAAUUAUUCAAUAAACAAUGGUGACAAUGAUACUAAUAAAAAUAGCGAUUAA